CUAAGUUGCAAAACAUGUGCCAGUGAAUGAUUUGGUGUUCAUCGUCAGAAUAAAGUUUAAAUCAAUGAAAUUUUUGUUUCUUGUUCUGUAAGGUCAUGUUAUGAUUCCUUCCUGUAAAAUGGCUAAGUUUAAGGUGCAUCACAUUCGAUUCUUUGAUUACAUCCCUAAAGCUAUUCACUGUAUUGCAUAUGAUGAAGUGGGGCAAAAAGUGGCACUUUCUAGGGCUGACAACUCAUUGGAAAUCUGGAGCAUAAAAGAUGACUGGUUCCAGGAGAAAAGUAUACCUUAUUCGGAGGGUAGAUCAAUUGAAGCCAUAAUGUGGUCAGGGCAGAGACUGUUCACAGCUGGCUUGGAUGGAAUCGUCACUGAAUAUGAUCUGCUUUCAUUGACGUCAAAGGCGGCCGUUCCUUCCUACAGUGGAGCCAUCUGGUGUCUGACAAAGAAUGAGAGUGGCACGCAUUUGGCAGCCGGUACAGAAGGUGGUAAUGUGGUGCUCUUUGAUAUUGGUGAGGGGGGACUUAGAUAUGACCGCCCAUUAGAUAAGCAAGAAGGUCGGAUAUUGAGUAUAGCCUGGCAUGCCGCAGAGGAAGUGAUCGUGACAGGAGGUAUCGAUAGUAUUCGUAUCUGGAGCUUGAACUCUGGCCACGCCAUUCAGAGACUCAGUCUGCCAAGGGUAGAGACCAAUAGAGAGACAAUUGUAUGGUGUAUAGCAAUAACAAGUGAUAUGACCAUCAUCAGUGGCGACUCAAGAGGAAUGACAUUGUUCUGGAAUGGCAGACAAGGAACUCUAAUAAAGAGCUUUCAAAGUCAUCAGUCUGAUGUGCUGUCUCUGUGUGUCAAUAAGGAGGGAAAUUCGGUGUUUUCAAGUGGUGUUGACCCGACUUUGACCCAGUUUGAAUAUACACCUGUUCAUACUGACAGCGACUGGAAACAGUGGGUGCGGUCGUCUGUUCGUAAGCAGCACACCCACGAUGUGAGGGCUGUCACUCUAGCUGGAGACAGUGUCGUUACUGGAGGAGUCGACUGCAAUCUUAUCUUCAACCACAUCAAGGAGAAAAAGUUGAAAGAAAUGUGCCGAUUGCCCCCUUUACCACAUGCCUCACUUGUCCAAGUGGCACCCCAGGCACAGCUUGUUCUACUGCAGUAUGCCGAUUAUUUAGAAAUCUGGAGGCUUGGCAGUACAAUGGAGAAGUCAGAUGUAAAUGGUGACCUCCUGAAAUUAUCGAGUAACCCCCUCAAAUUGCUGCAGUUAAAGAGCAAGGAUGAUGAGGCGAUCGUCUGCUCAGCAAUCUCUCGUGACGGAGAGUGGUUGGCCUACUCGGAUCAGAAUUCAAUCAGACUUUAUCAGAUUAACAUUGAACAUGGUUUAGUAGUGAGUCCAACCAUCAGUCUAUCAAAGGUUCGCCAUCGGCCGCCCAGUCUCCUCCCCGCCCACAGACUCGCAUUUACACACGAUGGGACGAAGUUAGUGUCGGCGUCCAAUCAGGGCACCCUGCAGAUCGUAUCGGUGGAUAAGAUCCAGCCAAAUCUGAUUAAGACCUUGCCACAAUCAUCGACAAAAGCAGGAUCAGACGAGCCCAUCCAUUGUUUGUCAGUGAGUCCCAAUGGAGAGUACCUGGCUGCUGCAGCCCUAAACAGUAUGAUACAAGUCUACAGCCUCACCUAUCUCACACACCAUUGCAGUCUCCCGAGACAUGAAACUCUCCCGACAGCGCUGACAUUUUCCCCCGACUCACAGAAUCUGCUGGUGGCAUAUUGUGACCAAAAGAUUAUUGAAUUCAACCUCACAAACCAGGAGUAUACAGACUGGAGUAGAAAGGCGGCCAAGAAAUGGCAUCAACAAUGGCUAAGAAGAAAAAGUAAAAUACAACGUAUUCUUGUCCGCGAAAAAUAUCCCGACCAGAUCCUUGUUCAGGACGAACAGACGUUGUGUAUCAUCGACAAAACUCAGCCAUUUCCGGAACGCUCUGUCAAACUGUACAAUAAGAGCCACAAAGUGGCAGCAAAGGAUGAGAAAGGACACGCCUUCCAUAUCUGCAACAAGUAUAAGCAUCUCCUCCACCUUGAUGUGUUGACUGACGAUUGUUUGGUAGUCGUGGAGCAGACGCCCAUGAAACUAAUGGAAGCGCUGCCAGCUGCGCUUAAACAGAAGAAGUUUGGGACGUAAACAUUGGAGAGAUACUUCCAAAAGGUCUCCGUUUGUUUUAAAAGAAAAGCCGUUAAUUAGGACGUUUGACGUUUGCUUACUGGUGCAGCGCAUGAGUAAGCGCCACAGCAUUCUUUUUGGAUUAUUGACUCACUGUAAGGGAGUCAAUACAAUAUCGCAGUGUCUGUCGUCGUCGUCAUCUGUAUCCUGGUUCAAAAACAGUGGCACGUUUCUAAACCAAUAGAACUAUGGACUUGAAACUUUGUACACAGGACCCCCCAAGCUCAGGUGACCUCCGACACUGAAUUUCGGUCCGAUCUGAUUCUCAUCUUGGCCGCCAGGGGGCCAAAAGUGUAAACCUUAAAAGUGUGAUAUCUCUCUUGAUGACAUCCAUGAUCAGCGGUGUGGUGCUGUAGCUAAAUGAAACAUGUUGAAUGGCACGUGGCAUGUUUUGGGGCCAACUUGAAUAUUCAGAAAUGGCCUUAGGUCAGUGAAACUAGAGUAUGUAAUGUGCCUGUAUUAUGUAUGGAAUGUUUCCGGUCAACUUCGGUUGGAAACUAUCUUGGUUCGUUUCAUGGUGUUAUGACAUAAUCCAAUGUACUAUCCCCCCCCCCCCCCCCAUGUAAUCACUCGGUCUAAUCUCUCCUGAAGCAGACUGUAAUGGCUUUUGUUCCGCCCCGACACCCUCAGAUGUGAGUGUUUUAAAAAUUUACGAGAUUAUUGUGAGCUAAGCCGGACAUUGUUAGUUUCCAGUGUGGCUGUAAUAAAAAGGUGUGAGACACGUCCAUUAAUGGUAUUAAUCUAGUUAUUGCUCAUUUGUCAUUUGUCACCUUUGUGAGAUUUUUAUGAUCUCUCUGUGUCAAGUGUAGACCAUUGUUACAGUGACACAGCUACUCGCCAUUCUGAAAUCGAUAUGCUAAAUAGUUUGUUCCUGAUUCUGUGGCUUUCAGGGAGCAGCUUUUUACCUAAUUGCAGACAGGUAUCUAAAGACCUCCGCUGACCAGACUACCAAUUUUUGUUGCAACAGCUACAUGAGGUACAUGAUUGAUAUUCAUUUGCUCUAUUUAGUUAAGCUGUUCAAACAGUCCCAAUUACUUUUAUGUCAAAUUGGUAAAAAAAUACAACUAAUAUUCUUGGCGUUCUAUCAAAUAAAA